AUGUCCCGGACCCGGAGCUCGGUCCUCCUGCUGCUCCGCCUGCUGCUGCUCUGUGCAGGGGUCCAGGUCUCUUCAGCUUCUGGACGCUUUGAGCUUCAUAUUCUGUCGAUGCAGAAUGUAAACGGGCGCCUGCAGAGCGGCGCCUGCUGCGAUGGAGCCCCGGACGUGAAGGAGGAGCGUUGCACGGUGGACGAAUGUGACACCUUCUUCCGGGUGUGUCUGAAGGAGUUCCAGCUGAAGGUGUCCUCGGGGCCCUGCAGCUUCGGCAUCGCCUCCACGCCCGUGCUCGGUGGGAAUAGCUUUUCAUUGCCCAACACCAAGAGUGACAAGUCCAGGAUCAUGUUGUCGUUCAGCUUUGCGUGGCCGAGGUCAUACACGUUGAUAGUGGAAGCUUUGGACUUCAACAACGACUCGUCCUCUAGCGCGAUCGAGAGGGCCGUCCACUCGGGGAUGAUCAACCCGAGCCGUCAGUGGCAGGACCUGAACCAUAACGGCCCUGUGGCCCAGUUCCGCUUCCAGGUCCGCCUCAGCUGCGACGAGCACUACUUCGGCUUCAGCUGCAACAAGUUCUGCCGGCCACGAGACGACUUCUUCGGACACUUUGAGUGUGACCACAACGGAAACAAGACGUGCCUGGAGGGCUGGUCCGGUCCGGACUGUAGCACAGCGAUCUGUCGACAGGGCUGCAGCACAGAACACGGGUCGUGUAAAGUUCCUGGAGAGUGCAGGUGUCUGUAUGGAUGGCAGGGUGAUUACUGUGAUCAGUGUAUCUCUCACCCCGGCUGUGUUCACGGCAGCUGUGUGGAGCCCUGGCAAUGUCUGUGUGACACCAACUAUGGAGGACAGCUGUGUGAUUUGUUAACGUCUCUGUGUCGUCUUCGUCCAGAUCUGAACACGUGUGGGACACGGCAGCCAUGUUUGAAUGAAGGAACCUGCAGCAACACGGGACCUGAUAAAUACCACUGCUCCUGUCCCGACGGAUUCUCCGGGGUCAACUGUCAAAGCGCCGACCACGCCUGUCUGUCCAACCCCUGUGUGAAUGCGGGCCGCUGUGUGGAAACCAGUCAGGGGUUUGAGUGUCGCUGUUCCCCCGGCUGGACCGGACCCUCCUGCUCCAUCAAUGUGGACGAAUGUCUGGUGAACCCCUGUGGUCAUGGAGGGACGUGUCAGGACCUGGUCAAUGGUUUGAAGUGCAUCUGUCCUCCUCAGUGGGUGGGAAAGACCUGCCUCAUAGAUGCCAACGAGUGCAACGACGACCCCUGUGUCAACGCCAACUCCUGUCGGAAUCUGAUUGGCGGAUACUUCUGCGAGUGCGUCCUCGGUUGGACGGGCCAGAACUGCGAUAUGAACGUUAACGAUUGCCGCGGCCAGUGUCACAACGGAGCUACGUGCGAGGACCUGGUGAAUGGUUAUAAGUGUGUGUGCCUGGCGGGUUUCAUCGGCGAACACUGUGACAAGGACGUGGACGAGUGCACCAGUGGGCCGUGCCUCAACGGCGGCCGUUGCCACAACGACGUUAAUGGCUUCCACUGCCUGUGUCCGCCCGGUUUCUCUGGAAGUCGCUGUCAGUUGGACGUCGAUCACUGCCUCCAUAGUCCGUGUCAAAAUGGCGGCCAGUGUUUCAACCUGGUGAACGACUACGUCUGCAAAUGUCCUGAAGACUACGAGGGCAGGAACUGCUCACGCCUGAAGGACCACUGCCGCAGCACGCCCUGCAAAGUGAUUGACAGCUGCACUGUGGCAGUGGCGUCCAACAGCACACCGAGUGGGGUGCGUUUGAUUUUGUCCAACGUGUGCGGCCCACACGGGCGGUGUCGGAGCCACGUCGGCGGACAGUUCAGCUGCGAGUGUGAGGGCGGCUUCACGGGCACGUACUGUCAUGAGAACAUUAAUGACUGUGAGGGCGCCCCCUGUCUGAAUGGAGGCACCUGUAUGGAUCAGAUCAGUCGUUAUCAGUGUGUCUGUGCUGAAGGCUGGGACGGCGCCACCUGCCGACACGACGUGGACGACUGCAGCUCAGAUCCCUGUCACAACGCCGGCGUCUGUCGGGACCUCGUCAACGACUUCUACUGCCACUGUCACAACGGCUGGAAGGGAAAGACCUGUCACUCAAGAGAACGUCAGUGUGACGAGUCGACCUGUAACAACGGAGGAACUUGUCACGAUGAAGGCGACGCCUUCAGGUGUGUUUGUGCUGUCGGCUGGGACGGAAACACGUGUAACAUCGCAAAGAACAGCAGCUGCCUGUCACGUCCCUGUGAGAACGGAGGCACCUGCGUGGUGGACGGAGACGUCUUUAACUGUGUCUGUAAGGAAGGCUGGGAGGGCGCCACCUGCAGCCACAAUGCCAAUGACUGCAGUGCUCAUCCCUGUUACAACAGUGGGACGUGUGUGGACGGAGACAACUGGUAUCGAUGUGAAUGUGCUGCAGGGUUCACCGGCCCAGACUGCAGGAUCAACGUCAACGAGUGCCAGUCGUCACCCUGCGGCCUCGGCUACGCCUGCGUGGAUGAAAUCAACGGUUACCGCUGCAUUUGUCCACCAGGGAGCAGCGGUCCCCACUGCCAGGAAGUGAUGGGGGGGUCCUGUGUGGUCGGUGGGCUGGUGGCUCUGGAUGGAAGCAGAUGGGAUGAAGACUGCAACACCUGCCACUGCCACAAGGGGAGAAUCACCUGCUCUGAGCUUUGGUGCGGACCGAAACUUUGUAGCUUCCAGGGUCCGACUCACGGCUCAGAGUGUCCGGCCGGUCAGACCUGCAUCGCCGUCCCGGACGAGCGCUGCUUUGUCCAGCCCUGCCACAGCCAGGGGGAGUGCUGGAGCCCCGCCUACCGGGCCCUGCCCACAGCCAGGUGUCGCCCAGAGAGCAGCUGCACCAACGUCACCUUCUCCUUCAACAAGGACGUCAUGGCAAAGGGUGUGACGGUGGAGCGGAUUUGCCGAGAGCUCAGGACCCUCUACGUUGUCCAGAACCUAUCGUCGGACUCUCCCAUCUCUAUGACCUGCGAGCCCUCGCUCAGCACCAGCAACGAGAUCCAUGUUGCCAUCUCGCCAGACAACCAGAGCGGAGGAACGACAUUCGUCAAGGAGAUCACCGACAGGAUCAUGGAUCUGGUCAGCAAGAGGAACGCCAACAGCAGCAUCAUCGGCGCCAUCGCCGAGGUCCGCGUGCAGCGACGACAGAGCCGCAGCCGCAACGACCUCCUGGUGCCCUUGCUGGUCUCCGUGGCGAUCGCCAUCUGGGUGUUGUCGGUUGCUUCGAUGUUGCAAUGGUGCUUGAAAAGGCGGAGGAAGCAGAGCGUCCACACUGCGGUCAGCACCCAGGCCUCGUCAUCUUUGGCAGCCACAGCGGAGGAAAACAACGCCCUCCACAACAGCGUCAGCGCCGCCCGCGACCAGCUCAACCACAUCAAGAACCUCAUUGAGAAAAACCCACCAAACCACCAUCAGCACCUCCUCCUGCUCCAUCAUCACCACCUCCACAAGGACCAGAACUCCGUCAACGCCAAGAUCAGGAAGUCAGACACCGGGAGCCAAUCAGGCAAUGACAAGGUGGACAAGAGGCUGCAGAAGGGAAGGUUCCCCAGGGCGCCACCAGCGUACUUGCUGGUCGACUGGGAGGAAUGCCCCCCCAAUCUGCCAACAGGCUCAAAACUCUGGACCAACAAACAGGACAACAGGCAGCUGCAGUCACAGAGCGUCAGCAGGGCGGAGUUUAUCGUUUAACUAACCAAUCAGAAACUUUACAGAAAGUUACAGGAAACAGGGUUUGGGUUUUCUCUCAACGCUUCAUGUGCACCAUCACUUUCAUUCACAUAUGUCGCUGCCGAUAGGAAAGAUUAUUCAUGGAGAAUGUUUUUGUAUAGAUGUGUAAAUAAUUUUGGAUUAAUCAUUAUGUAUAUUUGAUUUAUUAACUUAAUCGUCAAGAGCCUUCAGUUAUUUCUUUUAAUUUAUCGGUUCCGAGUUGGCAGCUUUGUAAACUGAAGAUAUUUCUAUUUUCAUAAACACCCAAAGUGUUCUUGAAAGAAUAGUUUAUUUUUAUCCGUUCGGAUUUGGGGAAUUUUGUGCCUCAGUUUGAAGGUUUUAUACAUUUGUCUGUUGAUAGCGUGUAGUUUGUAUGUUUUCCAGGGUCGUGUGUUGUAUUUUACAUGCGUUACUGGAGGCGGGAUACACGUGCAUGGUCUUUGUAUACAAAGACUUUGCUUUUGCUACUGAAAGAAUAACGUUUUUUUGUAAUAAUUUCUAUUGUUUGAAGAGUAAAAUAAAAGAACAGGCUUUGAAUCCUGUUUCCAUGUGUCUGUAAUAAGGGGAUCAAACCUGCGUGACUGAAGUGCUGCAGAGCCGUCAUGUGACAUGCUUCCUGUUGAUUGGAGGAGAACACGGCUGUGAAACCAUCUUUGUUUUAGUCGCCAGCUCCUUCAUUUUUUCACUUCAGUUUCUUUUGGACCUUGGAAAAUUGAAGUCUUUGUGAUGUUUCUGGCAUUACUGUGGUUUUUUAAUGGUUGUGUAUCGUUCCAAGCUUGCUGCA